AUUUAAUAAGAAAUAAUACAUUGACCCACGGAAAUAGUGAAAUUGGCGCCUUUCAGACAACGAUGUCUGAAUACAACCUGUGUUUUUUCUUUAUUAUUAUUAAAGAUACAUACCCAAUUGUAAAUUCUUAAACGAUUCUUGUUUUGAGUUAGAACCAAUUAGCCAGAUUGCUCCUCCACAAAGAGUUGUUGACCAAGACUCCACUUUUAUAUGGUCUGCAAGAUUGGUUUGAAACUGGAACUUGGAAAACGAUGUUUUCUGCAGAAUCCAAAUUCCCAAAUAAAAUGCUCCAAGAUUCUUCACAAGUUUCAGAAUCGGAAGAACUCAUGAACAUGGUCGGAGCAGAAGAUGAUUAUGAGGAGGAGGAAACUCCGAUGUUGCAGGCCUCCCCUCACGUAACAGUCGAGCAUGCAAUCUGCACUGAAGUUUUUGCCAUCGAUGAUCAUAAGAAAACGAUAAGAACGGGCACCCUAUGGACUACAAUUGCUCACAUAAUCACUGCUGUUAUUGGAUCCGGUGUACUUUCGCUCGCUUGGAGUGUGUCACAACUCGGUUGGAUAGGAGGACCAGUUGCAUUGAUCUGCUUUGCGUUGGUAACCUACGUGUCUUCAUCGCUACUUUCGGAUUGUUACAGGUCUCCUGAUCCUGUUACCGGAACUAGAAACUGCUCGUAUAUAGAUGCAGUUAGAGUUAUCCUUGGUGAAAAACAGGCAUGGUUAUGUGGUUUUCUUCAAUAUUUGAACUUCUAUGGGACUGGUGUUGCUUAUGUGGUUACAACUUCAACUUGUAUGAGUGCAAUUCAGAAAUCAGAUUGUUACCAUAAAGAAGGGCAUGAAGCUUCUUGUGAAUAUGAGGGCAAUCUUUAUAUGUUCUUGUUUGGAGUUAUACAGAUUCUUAUGUCACAAAUACCUGAUUUUCAUAGCAUGGUGUGGAUAUCUGUUAUUGCUGCCAUCAUGUCCUUCUGUUACUCCACGAUCGGUUUUGGACUUGGUGUGGCUAAAGUAAUCGAGAACGGCAAAAUAUAUGGGAGCAUCACAGGAGUCCCAACCAUCAGUGCACCCCUGAAAACAUGGCUCGCUUUUCAAGCACUUGGUGAUAUAGCUUUUGCUUAUCCAUAUUCCAUAGUUUUUCUUGAAAUACAGGAUACUGUGAAGUCACCCCCAUCGGAGAACAAGACUAUGAAAAGGGCAUCGGCUAUUGCAAUUCUAGUUACAACCUUCUUCUACCUCGGGUGUGCAUGUACCGGAUAUGCAGCCUUUGGGAACGAUACACCAGGAAACCUCUUGACUGGAUUCGGUUUUUAUGAGCCUUAUUGGCUCAUCGAUUUUGCUAAUGCUUGCAUCAUACUACAUCUAAUCGGAGGAUACCAACUCUACAGUCAGCCGGUAUUCGCAUAUGCAGAAAGAUGGUUAACUGGGAAGUUCCCAGGAAGUGGAUUUCUGAACAAAUUCUACGGCUUAAAGCUGCCAUUUUUGCCCCAUUUUCAGCUGAAUCUAUUCAGACUAAGCUUCAGAACAUCGUAUGUUGUGUCAACAACUGGAAUUGCAAUGGCGUUCCCAUACUUCAAUGAAAUAUUGGGGCUUUUAGGGGGUUUGAAUCUAUGGCCAUUGGCAAUAUAUUUUCCAGUGGAAAUGUAUAUAGUUCAAAGAAAGAUAGAAUCUUGGAGCAGAAAAUGGGUGGUUCUGCAAAUCUUCAGCAGUCUGCUGAUGGUGGUAUCAGCAAUGGCUUUUAUUGGAUCAGUUGCAGGGGUCAUAGAAGCAAAGAUGAGCUAAUCAAUGGACCAACAAUAGUCAUUGUUACUUUAGAACGAUCUCAAAGAAGGAUCAACUACAGCGUACAGAUACAUAUUGAUGCUAAAUCCGGUGGUAACCAAAUGUAAAUAAGCAUGGCUUAUUUUAUGUCUCAUGCCAUUAUGAAAAAUUGAUGUCUUCUUCUUCUACUUGUUGAGAAAAAUUACAG